CAAUAAAAAAGAAUUAUAUUUAGAUAAAGGAGUCGGUGGUUCAAUGGGUCACAAGAGAUGACAAAUUAUUUCCCUUUUGGCAGAAAGAAAAAAAGCGAAUCCCUAAUUUCAAAGGCUUUUUCAACGUGACGGAGCUUGUCCAUCACCAUAUAUUCGCUGCAAGUAAUAUUUCUUUCUCAAAAUGAAAUCAUCAGGUAAGCAUUGCUUGGAGCAUAAGGGUGGUAGCUGAACCGGUAUCGACAUUGUCCUUGAGAUUUAUGGUUGAAUGGCUGUUAUCUCUGAAGAACUUACUCAGGAGAACCCAACUGACAGAUUUCCUUUGCUCAUGGAGCAAGCAGAAAGUCAUGAGAGGAAUGAACAUGUUAUUGAUGUAGAACAAGGAGGUGGUCCGUCAUCAUCAGGUUCAUCUGAUAAUGAUUCUCCUCGUGACUUGGAAAUGCCCAACCACGAAGAUAGACCAUCUGCUCGACAUUCCUCAUCUUCAUCCAAUAAUUCAAAUUCUCAAAGCCCUUCAAUCGCAAGGAGAGGUGAAGGUUCUGAUCGUCGUUGGAGCCCAUUUAAUACCCUGUUGUGGCUUUCCAUUGAGCUAGUAUUCACCUUAGGACAGAUUGUUGCAGCCGUUGUUGUUUUAUCCUUGUCAAGAGGGGAAAACCCAGAAACCCCAUUAUUUGCUUGGGUUGUAGGUUAUGCAACUGGAUGUGCAGCAAGCCUCCCUUUACUGUACUGGCGGUAUCUUCAUCGUUACCGAGCCACUGAUCGGAGGUCAGCUCAACUGCGUCAAGGUUCCCCCCAAGUCAAUUCCAAUGCAGAGCCAAAUUCUUAUAUUACUAUCUCAUUGACUCGGUCCUCAGAUGAGGAAGAUGGUAGGAACACAUCUACAGAAAUUUUGACCAGGCAAAGCAAUGCAAGACUUGGUUCACUGGUAGAUCAUUUCAAGAUGGCCUUGGAUUGCUUCUUUGCAGUGUGGUUUGUUGUUGGCAACGUUUGGAUCUUUGGGGGGCACUCAUCUUCUUCAGACGCUCCCAAUUUGUACAGAUUAUGUAUAGCUUUUCUUACCAUUAGUUGCAUUGGAUACGCUAUGCCUUUCAUCUUGUGUGCAAUGAUAUGUUGCUGCUUGCCUUGUAUAAUUUCAAUCCUUGGUGUCCGUGAGAAUAUGCAUGGAGUGAGAGGAGCCACAGAAGAGUCCAUUAAUGCUCUUCCGACACAUAAGUAUAGGGUCAAGACCAAUGGAACAGGGAGCAAUGGAAACAAAAGUUCAGAAGGGGAGGAAGGUGGUUUUAUAGCCACCGGUACAGAGAAGGAACGUGCUAUCUCGGGAGAAGAUGCAGUAUGUUGUAUUUGCUUAACAAAGUACGAGGACAAUGACGAGCUAAGGGAGUUGCCUUGCUCGCAUUUCUUCCAUACCCAGUGUGUAGAUAAAUGGCUGAAGAUAAAUGCGUCUUGCCCCCUCUGCAAAUCUGAAAUUGGCAUCAAGGACACAAAUGAGGAACCGCUUCAACAGUCCUAAAGUAGUACAGAAACCGACUUCUUAUGGUCCAAACCGAGAUCAUUGCGGCUGCUUAUGGCAUGGGUGCCGGGCGAGUGUUUCACAGCUGACUGUCCCCCUCCCCCCUCCCCCCCCUCCUUUCUUUCCGCGGUGAAAUUUUAGUUUGUACAUUUGUUUAUAUCAAGAAUGUGUAACAGGAUUCACAAAAAAGGGGUUCCAUUGUUCAAAUCUGACAGCAAGGUUGAGAGCUGUACAAAGAUUCCAGAAAUUCAACAACUCAUCCUGCUACUUUUGGAAGAAAUCCUUUCUCUUAUAGAAUGUUUCUUCAUCAAUUUGGUAUAUCUUUCUUGGAUGUUUUCACAUCUCUUUCCACCCUUCCCACUUGCCUCCUCUUUUUGUAUAAAUAAAUUUAGGGUAAUGAUUGUUGAAUAUCUGCAUUAUGAGGAUGAAUAUUGUAUAACGAUUGUAUCUCGAUUUGAAAGACCGAGCUUCAAUAUAGUGGAUAGUGGUCGAACAAAUUUUCGAAGUGUAUUACAUAUUACAUAUUUUUAGUAACUGAGAAAUUCUUGAGAGCCA